CCAUUAUUAAAUAGGCCUAGUUUCAAAGAAUGUCACUGAUCUCAGCAUAAUUUAAUAAUUUAUUACAAGUAACUGGUCUGAUUGAAUUUAUGUAAUAAAAACGUAUUCUAACGGUUUACAUCGUCGUCGUCCGUCAAAGAACGCCACAACGAGAUACAAUAGGGGAGAACAUUCCAAUGAAAAUUCUCCUCAAUCCCGAAUCUGCCUCUCUUUCCAUCACUUCCUUUCAAAUCAAGAGGUCUCUCCACGUUGACGCGCGCUUGUUUGGUUAUGAUUUUGGAUACCCUUCUUGGUUCUUGAUUAGCUUACAAUAUCUCUCUCUCUUGACAGCCUAUUUAUAUAUGGUUUAUAAGCAGCAAUCUGAGAUAUAUUUGUUCCAGAUAUUCCUUUGUUGGGCUAAUGCAUAUGAGACCUUCUUCGAGUGAUUCACAAUUCAUCGUAGUGGAGUUAUUUCAUAUGAUUCCUAUUAAGCUCGAGGAUUAUUAGUCACGUCAAAGAUUCGGAUGGAGUCGCUCUAUGUGUUGAAGACAAUGGGAAAGAUACAAAAGAGUCGGUGUCCGAAGAGUGAACGUGGAACACUUCUAUUAGUUGUGUCGCAAAAAUAUAAUUAAAAAGAAAAAAAGAAACAGAGUCCAUACAAAGUCUCUAACUUUUGUUUUAUCCGAUUUGUAGCAUCAAUAGAAAAUAGAUACCGCAUAAAGCUACAAAGAAAGAGUCUUUUGUUUCGUCUUUUUGCGCUCACCUAAUGCCACAUGAUCUGAUCUUGACGAGUGUCCAAAUUCACGUCAGACACCCAAUUGUAAUCUGCUGAAUAUUAUUAUUUACACAAAUUAUCUCAUAUAAAUAAAGUAAUGCAUUAAGCAAGCAAGCGCACUCAAGUCUUUCUUUGGAGGUGACGAAACUGAGCCGAUGGUUAGGUGUUAUUGAUCAAGUGUGUGAUUGAUUAAGCAAAGGUCUUUUGCUUUCUGCGUAAAAAGUCAAUUCUGAAAAUGUCUCUCAAGGCAUUAGACUACGAGACCCUGAAUGAAAACGUGAAGAACUGUCAGUAUGCAGUCAGAGGCGAACUCUAUCUCCGUGCUUCUGAGCUUCAGAAAGAAGGCAAAAAAAUCAUUUUCACAAACGUUGGAAACCCUCAUGCGUUAGGACAGAAGCCUCUGACAUUUCCUCGUCAGGUGGUUGCUCUAUGCCAAGCUCCAUUUCUGCUAGACAAUCCAAAUGUUGGCAUGAUAUUCCCUGCUGAUGCUAUUUCAAGAGCUAAGCAUUAUCUUUCCUUAACCUCUGGUGGUCUUGGUGCUUACAGUGACUCUAGAGGCCUUCCAGGAGUUCGAAAGGAAGUUGCUGAGUUCAUCCAACGGCGUGAUGGUUAUCCAAGCGAUCCGGAACUCAUAUUUUUAACUGAUGGAGCUAGCAAAGGAGUGAUGCAAAUCUUGAACUGUAUCAUACGCGACCAGAAAGACGGAAUUCUGGUUCCAGUGCCACAGUAUCCACUCUACUCAGCUACCAUAUCUCUGUUAGGAGGCACUCUUGUACCUUACUAUCUUGAAGAGACUGACAACUGGGGACUUGAUGUUAACAACCUUCGCCAAUCUGUUGCUCAGGCUCGCUCUCAAGGAAUAACAGUAAGGGCAAUGGUCAUCAUUAACCCCGGAAACCCAACUGGUCAGUGUCUAAGCGAAGCUAACUUAAGAGAGAUAUUGAAGUUCUGUUGUGACGAGAGAUUGGUUCUACUUGGAGACGAAGUCUAUCAGCAGAACAUAUAUCAAGAUGAGAGACCUUUCAUCAGCUCCAAGAAAGUUUUGAUGGAUAUGGGAGCACCGUUGAGCAAGGAAGUUCAGCUCAUAUCUUUCCACACAGUUUCAAAAGGAUACUGGGGCGAAUGUGGACAACGAGGUGGUUACUUCGAGAUGACAAACAUCCCCCCAAGGACCGUUGAGGAGAUAUACAAGGUUGCAUCUAUAGCUCUUAGUCCCAACGUCUCUGCGCAGAUAUUUAUGGGUUUAAUGGUUAGUCCACCAAAGUCUGGAGACAUUUCUUAUGACCAGUUCGUUCGUGAAAGCGAGGGAAUACUAGAGUCACUGAGAAGAAGAGCAAGGAUCAUGACUGAUGGGUUCAACAGCUGCAAGAACGUGGUCUGUAAUUUCACUGAAGGUGCAAUGUAUUCGUUUCCUCAGAUAAAGUUACCACCGAAAGCAAUCCAAGCAGCGAAACAAGCUGGGAAAGUCCCUGAUGUUUUCUACUGCCUUAAGCUCUUAGAAGCCACAGGAAUCUCCACUGUUCCUGGCUCUGGAUUUGGACAGAAAGAAGGGGUGUUUCAUCUCAGGACAACGAUUCUGCCUGCAGAAGAAGAGAUGCCAGAGAUUAUGGAAAGUUUCAAGAAGUUUAAUCAUGAGUUCAUGUCUCAGUACGGUGAUAACUUUGGUUACUCAAGGAUGUGAAAGAAAGGAGUUUGAGUUUGAGAGAUCACUUCUUCUUCUUUUCUUACCGACAUUAUUAUUAUCAAUGCACACUCUUGAAAAGCUAUAGCCACUGGUCCUACUUUGUACAACUUUUCUUAUGGUCUUAGAAUCCUUUGUAUCUACCGAAACAAACAAACAUAAACCAUCUCAUCAGUUUCAGUGAUGUAUUAAAAUGUUCUAUUUAGACAUCUUUAAACAAAAGAGAGUUUUUAUGUU